AUGGCUAGUGGUGCUGGCGAUGAUCAUUCGAGCGUCGCCGCUAGUGUUGCUUCCAGUGUUGCGGAAACCUCCAGUGAGGCCGAUUGGCUGAUGGCUGCGAUUGCGGAAGGCGAAGGCGAAGGGGAACAUACUCGGGCAGCCACGGAGAUAGAGGGCGAACCUGAUCACGGCGACGACGGGGAUGACGACGAGUACGGAGAACAUCUUCAUCCGCCCGCCGGCAAAUUGUUGCAGGCCGCUUCUGCGGAGCCUACGCUUUUGGAUAUUCCGGACGACGGAGAGGCCUCCCAGGAGAGCUCCACUGUGAUCAACGGAGGCGACUCACUGCAGGAUGCGCAACCAGAACAUAUACCAGAGCCACCUCCCUCGCCCGCAUCCAACACUCUUCCGGCUUCUAAUUCGGCAGAUGACGCGUGCAGGCGAGAUGCUUAG